GCAUGCCAUUAUAUAUCUUUACAAUAAACGGUCGCCACUCUGCCGAAUCUGCGGUUUCUAAGCGCUAGGAUGGCCACCAGCGCCUCGAAGCAACAAAUGCGCCAAACCAACAACCGUACACGCAGACGAGCCAGGACAUCCAGCAUGCUGACUGACACCCCUCGUCCCAACAACAGAUAAAGAUGGCGCACACGGGCAGAGACGCCCAUGUGCAGCAUGCACCAUGAGUGUAUAAACAGACAAACGGCAGCCACAACACAGCGAUCACGUGAUGGCCUGUGAGAUCAUUCCCGCUCCGCUCCCCAACCAAUGCCCUCACACUCGAGCAGCACCGCCCCCUCCACCCGGCCAACGCCGUCCACAGUGGGGCUCUCUGUGAUCUUGAACUUGGCGUCGGUGAGCGUCUCGGCGACCCACAUGGCCGUCCGCGUGUGGAGGGUCAGCGGGCCACACAGAAUGCGGGACGUGCCGAGGGCCAGCGACAUCGGCAUGAUCAGCUGGUCCUGCACACACAAUGGAUACGUGGCCUUUAUCUUUUUACCGCUUGUGUGCCGUUCCGCUUCUUACCUGUGUGUGUUCGUCGACGCAUCCAUUCUGGCUGAGUUGGUCGAUCAGUGAAGCGGCGACCUGACGGGCAGUCUCACUGCACACACACACAUAGAUACACACACAUGUGUACCUAGAUCACGGUACGCGGCCCAUGCAUCCCUCAGCUCAUCUCACCUGGGUUGCACGUCCUUCUUUCCCUCUGCAUUAGCGAAGUAUCUGCAGCCCUCGGUGGUCUCGGCACACACCCACAGCCCGCUGGCGCUGCCCACGGCCACCUGAGGGUCCAGGUGCACAGUCUCGAUGCUCAUGUCAACCCGCCGCACAGCCGGGUCGCCCUUCUUUAGCGCCUGGACGAGGGACGCCUUCAUGUGGUCGGCGUUGCUGGGGUUCACCGCCCCCGAUGUGUAGGCCAGGCCGCGAAUCUGACUGAGGGUGCCUUUGCUGAGCAGAGUGAUGGGCUGCAGAGGGCGGGUGGGAGGGGGGUGUAAGUUGACCGUCACGUGGCCGCCACCCUGAUGAUGGAUUGACAUUUGUCGGCUUGGCUGUGUGUGUGUGUUGUGGGUCCGUGUCGUUUUGCUCACUUUGGGGUAGAAGCCUCUCUUGUGUAGGGUGAGAUCGAAGUCAGCACCGAAUGAGCGGAGCAGAGGGCGCAACACAAUGGUCAGGUAGUCUAGGGGAGGCGAGAACGACACCUGCACACGACCCACAACACAGACACGAACAAAGCAACAACACGCAUCCACCCAGACCCACAUGAAGAGUGUGUGUCUCUCUCUGUUCCACGCUCACGUCCGUGCCGCCCCUGAGGUCGAGCUGCACCUCGGCGCCCAAACACAGACACGGCCACAUGACAGCCUGACGACCGACAGGUAGACACACAGACAAGGAAGGAGCCAGGGGACGUAGGCAGGCAGACAGGCAAACAAAAUGCGCACCGACCUGUAUCAUAAGAGUGAUGCUGCCAGCCGUGCCGGGGUCAGCGGCAUAUUUCCCGGCGACGAUGGUGUUCGGCCAGAAUGUGACCUGGACCGAGCCCACCUGAUCGCCCCCAAGCUUCCCAUGUGAGAUGCGCGACAAGAGCCUGAUCAAUCAAUACACCCAUCAUGGCGGUGGAUGUGUGGGUCAGUCAGUUUGUCGUGUGUGUGUCGUCUGUCCUGCCCCACGUGCCAUGUCACGUGCCUGAUGGACUCAAGGUGCUGAUUCGCCAGCCCCGGUUUGGACCUGCCGGCACGGAUGUUGAAUCUGACAUGACGCACACAAGCAAAGCAUCCAUAUACGGUCAUCGUCUGCUUGCAUGGCAUUUAUUGAUCCAUACACUCUCAGCGGUUUGUUCAGCAGCGCCGCAUAAGCGAAGGCGUUGCGCAAGAUCUGACCACCGCCCUCUAGUGUGCUGCCGUCUAUCGUCAGCACACUCAUACGCACGGGCGACAACGGCCUGCAAUGCACCAGAGCACGCAGAUCAGAUCAAUCACGGGACAAACAGCUUGUCGUGUACCUUCGAGCCAGGCGAUGCACGGUGUUGACUGAUGGAUAGCUAUAGGCGUGAAUCCCAGUAGUGAGCAGGCUCCAGAGAAGCAGAACGCUCAACUUUGGCAU